AUAACGUCAGUGGACUUGUUGUCAGUCGUUUAUCGUUUGCUUGCCAGUCUUCGGUCGUGUGCGGUUGAGGUAAGUCUUGUUCCUAUCGCCGGGCUUUGAGUUUUAAAUGCAUCGCUUUCACACAAAUUCAAGCUGAAAUCUCCCCACAUCAACAAACUCCAAGACAGAAGACAGCCUGCGGACCACAUUAACCAGUGUAACCAUCAUGGACAGUUAAGAAACAUAGGCUGCUGCGUGGAGGACAGAAGUUUAGCAACACCCCGGAGCGUCCCUCCUCUCUUCCCACUGAGGCAGACCAGCGAGCUUCCAUCACCAUGGCCGAAGAAGACUAUGGUAGCUUUGUGGACUGGAACCAGAUGGGGGAUCUGGCCAAGAGCAGCGGGCCCACCAAGGUAGACUGUCAGGACCUGAAAGAGUUCAAACAGAUGGCUCGGCAGGGUUACUGGGCCAAAAACCACAAACUACGAGCACAAGUCUACCAGCAGCUCAUCAAAGCCAUUCCCUGUCGCACGGUUACCCCAGACGCAGAAGUAUAUCGUGACAUUAUGGGAAAUGCAGCCACUAAGAAGCCCUCCUCCCACAUCCCACUUCCAGAGUUUGUGGAUGGAAGUCCUCUGCCGCGGUACUGCCUGAAGACAGAGGCAGUAGCCUCGGCCCAUCAGAUCAUCAACUGCGUGGCUGGACAGUUUCCAGAUAUCUCCCACUGCCCGUCACUACCGGCAGUUACUUCACUGCUCCUGCACUUCAGCGUCGACGAGGCUCAGUGUUUUGAGCUUGUCAGCCGCAUGCUGGCCUGCAACGAGCCAGGCAAGCGACUGGUGGACCAGACUUUCCUGGCCUAUGAGUCUAGCUGCAUGACUUUUGGUGACCUGGCCAACAAGUACUGCACAGCCGCCCACAAAAUGAUCGUGGCCACAGCCCAGGACGUGCUGGAAGUCUACUCCGACUGGCAGCGCUGGGUGUUGGGCGACCUACCUUUCAGCCACAUGGUCAGGGUCCUGGACAUCUACCUGGUGGAGGGUUACAAAGUUCUCUUCCGUGUGGCUAUAGCCUUGCUCAAGUUCUAUCGCAAGCAUAAAGCAGAGGCCCAGGGAGGCCCGGGCAACCAGCAGCAGGAUUCAAGCAAGGUUAAGGAGGACAUUCAAGCUUUCGUCAAGGGCAUCGCCUCCACCGUCACACCAGAGAAGCUGCUGGAGAAGGCCUUCUCCAUCCGCAUGUUUAGCCGUAAGGAGAUCACGCUGCUGCAGCUCACAAAUGAAAAGUCCCUGCAGCAGAAAGGCAUCACUGUCAAACAGAAGCGUCCUCCUAGGCGGAACGUGCAGCUGGCACUUAACCCCGACACCUUCUCCUCAGAGAUCGUCAGUGCCAAGGAGAUGCGGGACAUCUGGUCGUGGAUCCCUGAGCGCUUUGCCCUGUGUCAACCACAGCUCCUCUUCACCACCUCCACCCAUGGUUGCAGCCUGACCAGAUUCUACUCUCAUUGUGAAGGCUACGAACCCACUCUGCUCCUCAUCCGGACCACAGAUGGCGAUGUAUGUGGAGCCUUCCUGUCCACAGAUUGGGAGGAGCGGAAAAGAGGAGGCAACAAAUUGAGCUUCUUUGGCACAGGGGAGUGCUUUGUCUUCAGGCUGAAGCCAGAGAUGGAGCGUUUUGAGUGGGUGGUGAUCCGCCACCCUGAGUUAGCCUCCUCCAACAAGACUCAGGAAGACACAGCCUCUCCUGAGGGGCAGAACUCGGACAACAAUGGCUUACAGCAGCCAGAGAAGCCUGCUGGAGGCCUAUCGCCCUUCCUCUCCGCACGCCACUUCAACCUGAACUCCAAGAAUACUUCCAUGUUCAUGGCUGGUAACUUUGACUCCAUCAUAGUGGGAGGAGGCGACGGCAACGCUCUCUACAUCGACUCUGAGCUCAACCACGGGCGCGCUGGCCGGUGCGCCACCUUUGACAACCCGCCUUUGUGUGCUGAGAGCUUCCAGGUUGCACUGCUAGAAGUGUGGGGCUUCCAGGACGCCAUGGCCUCCUAAUACUGUACACAUAAACACACAGUACCCAUGUAGAUCCAUACUCGUCUGCGCAUAUUCAUGCAGACAAACUUAUAUUAACACAGAAAAUCUUGACAUAAAAUGUCCGUCCUACAAAUUCAUAUAUGAUGAUCUAUUUUUUAUUUAUUAAUGCAGUUAAUCCAAAUUCAACAUGUGAUGUUUGUUUUCUGUUUAUUUUUGUAAUUACGGAUUUGUAUUAUGGUGUGCUAAGUCUGUCAACGUGUCCGGUAAUAUGAAGGAAGUCAGGAUCAACUGUCGAUGAAGCAAACGUGAGCUUCAUUUAAAGGUCUUUUUAUGUUCAUGUUGAGUUGAAACAUUUGAAUUCCUGAAUGUACAUUCAGUCUUUUAUGUGCUGUGGUUUAGCACAAUCUGCCAAAUUAACUGUAUAGCUGUCUCUGUGGCCCUUAAAAAAUAUUAACCAGGCCAUGAGGUUAAAGAUAAAAGGUGUGAAGUCGAGAGUUGAUUUGGUGAGAUGUGUUUUUAAAUGUUGAAACUAAGAUGAACGCAGUGAAGUUCCAGGUCAGCUGAGUUCUAAGUAAAAUCCUGAAUAAUUUCCCCCCACUUUGAUUUGCUGUACAUGAUGAAUUAAUGUGGUUCAUGUUUGUGGGUAUCAGUGGUGAAUGUGAUUGUUGCCAUUUUGCACCAUAUGUCGAAGCUUUCUUUUGAAUGAGUGGCAAUUUCUUCAUUUUUAAAAGUAUAUGAAUAUUCAUGUGAAUACAAAAGAACAGACUUUUAAAAUGUUUAUGGUUUGCAAGUAAUGAAGAGAAAUGCAGUUUGCUCAUCCUUUCCUGCUGCUGCCGUCCUUUUGUAGGGUGAAGACCGUCGCACAAGAAGUCCAAAACUGUGGCCUGUUGGCGAAGUGUCGUUGGGGGUUAUACACCCUGUUUGUGUCUGUGUGUGCGAACCUGUGCUCCAGUGAGACAUUGAGUAACUACAAAUGUAUCUUACAUGUGAAAAUACAGCAAUAUGCUUUCAGUA